AUGUUUCGUUACGCAGCUGUGAGUUCUCCAGAGAAGAAUAUUUUUGAACUACGCAAAUUUGUUUUCCAGAGAAAGUCGGUUCACCAUAGUCUGCGGCGAACGCGCCAACAGUCCACUCAAACACCAAGAUCCGCUCCUAUUCCAGCGGCGCAAAAGUACGUUAAUCUCAAAAUCAACCAUAAAUAUAUUAGAAACUCAAACUUAAAGAAUGCAUUAAAAUUCAAAGUUUGAGCUUUCUUAAAAAAUAAUUCAUUUUUUAGGAAGUCCGGCGGUGGAAAGGGCUUGGCUCUUGUUGGAUUAACAGUUGCAGGAGCUGGAGGAGUUGUCGGAUACGCCUAUGUCGAUCCCGAGUUUCGCCACAAGGUUCUUUUUUUCCGUUCUUUUUUUUUUCUAUAAUUUCUUAGACUGAAGGCUUACCUUUGUUUCUCCUUUCAGGUAGAAACCACCAUUCCGCCAACAAAACAAGUAUUCGACAGCAUUUUGGGCGAAGCAAACUUGAGGUUAGUUCAACCCCUUUCCAAAAAAAAAAUACUUUAUUUUUUCCGUUUCUCUUUGUUUUUUAAUGUCAAACACGGUUACAGCAAGACCAAAAAACAGGUGGCGGACAUCAAGGAAAAAGUCGUCAAUGCUAUCCCUAAGAGAAAAGAGGAGGUUAUUAUUCAUGGAAUGUCACAAUAUCCUGAAUUUUCAGCCACUUCCACCACUUUUGAAAACUUUGCCACCGAUUGAACGUAAGGAUCCUGUUUACGUCGAUGCGGUUGAUGUUCGGAAAGAGAUUGCUCCGAUUGUUAAGCCAAGCCCUGAACUUGUGGUUCAGAAGAACAAACGUAAGAGUCUCUUUUUUGUAGGUGUUAAUUUUUGGUAUCGUUCGAAUUUUUCCUGGGCGAUUCUAGAAAUCACUUGAAAGCGCUGACGCCACUAAAGAAAGAGCUAUAAAAAAAUUAUUGAAUUCGAACGAACAUUUUUUUGCCGGAAAUUUGAAAAAAAGUCAUUUAAAUGAAUGUAGAGCUCAAUUUAGAGGAAUAUAAUAAUUUUUAAUUCCCGAAAUGCGGGCAGAUUUUUGUAUCACAUUCCUACAGAUUUAAAUAUUUCCACCAUGUUUUGGAUAAAACUUGAAACUGUUUCACAGCGAACUCCAAUCAUCAGGAACAGGAAAAAGGAAAAGCUUGCAGAACUGGAGCAGUCGCUGAAAGACGCAAUCCAAUCGGCGGAAUCUCGUGUUCACUUGGCUACCAGCGCGAAGAUGCGAACAAUUGAGGCCAUCAAUGCUCAUGCUCAGUUGAUAAAGUCUACAGUCGAUAAUUCUCAGAACGCUGACUGGGAGAAGGUCCAAAAAAUGUAUAUGCGAAGUCGAAUCAAGGUCCUUUCAGGUUACAUCCGCUCUUUCUAACGUCGAAGCUCUUUCUUCAAAAGAUGGUUCUGCUGAGAACGAUAGUCGCAACUACAUUGACAACUUGAAAAAAGUGGAAUCUUAUAUAUUGUCUUGAUUUAUGAGCAUUUCGGUCAGAUUGUCUCCGACGGAAAAGCCAACGUCAUCACAGCCUCAAACCCUUUGCUGCUCAACGCUUUGGAAACCGCCAACAAGCUUUCCGGACAGCUCGACGAGCUUAACUCUCUUGUUUUCAAAGUUGUCCCGUUAAAGAAAAAACAACAGAAAAGUCCAAAUUUUUAGUCAAGACAAGAAUCGCAAGUUUUGACGCAGUACAAGGAUCUGAUUGAGAAGAGUCGUCAGCAGUUUGCUUUGGAAAUGAAAAGCAUUUUGCCCAAUGUCGAUAUUCAUGCUAAAGUAUAUUUUUAGUUUUUAUCGUGGUCUCACUAGGGUUUUAGGACAAAACUUUAAACGAAGAUGAGUUGAACGCUCUCAUUGCUCACGCUCACCUGAAGGUCGACCAGCUCCGAAGACAGCUCACAGAGCAACAAGUAAGAAUUCAAGCUUUUAUUCAUUUCUAGUCUUGAGGUGUUUUGUUACUGAAUUUUUUGUUUUGGAUCGGAAAAUUUAAAAUAAGGGCCUUCAUGAGGUCGUGUACAAAGAUAAAUCAAUUUAUUGUUUGAUAAUCGUUCUAAAUUUUAGGUUCGUGAGGAGCAACACAUCGCAAAAGCCUUGGAAGAUCAACGUGUUGUAGACGAUAGGAUUUCGAAUGAGAGAUUGUCUCUUGAGCUUUCGAGAAUAUCCCGUCAGAAGGAAGUCGAUAUUGAACGGGCUGUGAGUUUUCUUUCUGCUACAAGAAGUUCGAAAAAUUAUUCAGGUUCUCGAAACUCGUUCUUCUUGGGAGGGUGAACUUGAAGAUCAACUCAAACGAACGUCGGCCGCUCACUCUGAGCAUCUGGAGCAAGUUAUUCGUACUCAGCGGCAACUUUUCGAAAUUGAGCACAACCAGAAAGUUGAAGAGGUUGAAAUUCCCUGAAGAUAAAAUCUUGACAAGGAAACUUAAGGCUAUUAUCAGAGAGCGAGAGCUUCACAGCCGUCAUGUUGGAGCCGCCAUAAGCAGAUUGGAAGGAAUCGAAGAAGCUUUGGGCAGCCGAGUUGCCUUGGUAUAACGAAAAGAAACUUAACCUAAAAAUCAGCUUAUCAUGUCAGGACAACGAGAAUCGUCGUGCCAAACAGUUCUGGAUUGCUUGCCAUAAUCUCAUUGACACCAUCAAGCACGGAAACAAAGCUGGCAAUUCAGUGGAGGGCCGCAGACUCUCGCUGAAGGAUUCCCUUGAUAUUCUACAUCAGGUGAAAAAGGAAACAUUUUCGAAGUCAAAAAAUAAGAUUCAGGUGAACCCUGAAGACAGCUUCGUCAGUUCAAUCAUUGCUGCUUUCCCACAGCAAGCAACGACGCAAGGUGUAUACACAGAGCAGGAUCUUAGAAAUCGUUUUGAGAAAGUCCGUUCAGUUUCAAAAAAUAGUGGUGAAAGCAUUUUUUUCAGCUGUAUACCGUUGGAAAAAGAACUGGGGCUGUGGGUGAGAGCGGAGGAACUUUGACCUCAUACCUCUGGUCCUACGUUCGCUCUAUUUUCUUGGUUGAUUUACCGAGGGUCUACACGGAUGCCGACAAAAUCGAUCCUUUGACUGUUGAUAACUAUGAGGUGAGAUUUUUUGAUUCGUUCGCAUGACUCGUGUUUUUCUCGCAAAAGUCCUUUUUUGGGAAAUGACGAAAACAGCGUAAGAGAGGUUCACCAUAAAGCUUCAAGUUCCUAGAAAAUAAGUGAGUUAAUGAAAAACCAGAUAAAAACGCAUAAAGAAAUUGAUCGAUCGGAAUUUUCAAUCUGGAGAGAUUUUCGAGGAAUGUUGAAGAGAGUAGAUUGCCCUUCCAGAACCACAGAAAACGAUUCAGGUUCUGGCUCGAGCGAAACACUACGUCGAGGUCGGCGACUUAGACAAGGCUGUUCGGGUGGUUCAGCUUCUUCGAGGACAGCCGGCGCUACUGUCCCACGACUGGGUCGUCGACACUCGAAACUAUCUCGAGUCGCGACUUCUCGCUCAGCUUCUCGUUGCUCACGCCGCCGUUUCUUCCAUUCGUUCCACCUACUAA